CCACCACCUUGGUGGCAGCGGGGAGGGGACUCCGGUGGUGGAUAAUAGAGGAGCGGUAAAAUAUAAACAGUAAAGCGAGAGAUUAGGAUUGGUUUUACCGGGUUUCUCGACAUUGUCAUUAGAGUACGGGUUUUGGAUUAGGUAGACGGCAGGGGUUAGAUGGUGGAGGCAUCGGCUGACGGUCUCUAUAGGUCCGGUAAGAGGGCGAAAGAGAAAGAGAAAGGAGGAUAAUUUUGAAGGGUUAGUAUGCCGUUUUAAGGAGACGAUAACUUGCAAAUUUAACACAGAUAAUAAUAAUAUAAGUAAGUAAUAAGCCAAGAAAGAUACUGAGUGUAGGAAAAACGAGGAACACCAAGAAAUACUGUCAAAACAAAGAAAUAGUAUUCGCGUGGACGCCAGUGUUUCGGUUUAAUGGGCGACCCUGUUAACUGGUGCCCUUCAAUGAAACGCGCCCGUGGUUGUCGUAGUUACGAAAGCCGUUGAAACACGACGCAAAUACGUAGCUGUCAAACAAGACACGAAAAGACUUUACAUUGUAAACAAACCAAACAAAGAGCCAUUCAUUAGGAUAGCCACGUGUCUUCCUGUUUUGAACGGUCGCCAGUUAACAGGGUCGCUCGUUGAACCGAAACACCUGCACAUUUAGGACUCCCAGGGGAAUGAAGAAGUGGAUAAGGCUGCAGAGGUAGGUAGUUAGGAAAUGUGAUGAGGAAAAGAGUGUGGGAGAUCUAAGAGGGGAGAAGGUGUAUUUAUAGGUUUUUGAUUACAUCUGGAUUAAUUAAUUAAAAGAAUAUAUAGUGGACCUGGAAACAGAGAAGGAGUGGAGACCAGUAGGUGGCAGUAAAUGCAACAAUGAUGAAGCGAACUGCCGUAAAAAGAAGAAGAAAGAGGAGAGGAGGAAGAAGAUGAACGUGGCACUUCACAACAGUUACAGGGACGAGGAGGAGAAGGAGGAAGUGAACUUGGAAUCCAGAAAAGUGCACAUGAUGGCCCACUUUCAGGAUGUUUCAAAGCAGUCCAGCCUGCACCCUAAGCCCGCAGAGCUGGUUUCGCAGUAUGGCACAGCUGGAUUCAGGGCCAACGCCAAACUACUGGAUCAUAUCAUGUUCAGGAUGGGACUGCUGGCCGCUCUUCGCUCCAAAAAGACCAAAGCCACCAUCGGAGUUAUGGUCACUGCAUCACACAACCCAGAGGAAGACAACGGGGUGAAGCUGAUUGACCCCAUGGGGGAGAUGCUGCUACAGACAUGGGAGAGCUACGCCACCCAGCUGGCCAACGCUGAGCAGGAAGAUUUGCUCACUGCUCUGAAGGAUGUUAUAGAGAAGGAGGCCAUAAACAUGAGCCAGGAGGCUAACGUGUUUGUGGGCAAAGACACAAGAAGCAGCAGUUCCAGCCUUUCACAGGCAGUAUUGGACGGAGUAGCUGCACUUGGUGGUCACAGCAAAGACUAUGGUUUGGUGACCACGCCACAGCUCCACUACAUGGUUCGCUGUCAGAACACACAGGGUAAAUAUGGAGAAGCCACAGUGGAAGGAUACUAUAAGAAACUCUGCCAAGCUUUUAUUCAGCUCAUAAACAAUAAGGCGUCUAAUUGUACAGAUGACCAGAAGCACCUCUCUGUGGAUGGUGCUAAUGGUAUCGGGGCUCUAAAGGUACAUGAGAUGGAGAGUCACCUGAAAAAGGAGCUGCUUAUAUCGCUGUUCAACGAUGGCAGUAAAGGAAAGCUCAAUCACCAGUGUGGGGCUGACUUUGUCAAAGUGCAGCAAAAACCUCCAACAGGCAUUGAAAUUAACCCAGGGGAGCGUGGCUGUUCGUUUGAUGGUGAUGCUGACCGAAUCGUUUACUAUUACACUGACUCUGACGGACGGUUUCACCUGCUGGAUGGAGACAAAAUCGCCACUCUCAUCAGCACCUUCCUUAAGGAGCUGCUCACACAGGCCAGUUUAGACUUGAAGAUAGCAGUGGUGCAAACUGCAUAUGCCAACGGGAGCUCAACACACUACCUGGAAAACACUAUGAAGGUAACAGUCGUGUGUACUAAAACUGGAGUGAAGCACCUUCAUCAUGCAGCGCAGGAGUUUGAUAUUGGCGUGUACUUCGAGGCCAAUGGUCAUGGAACUGUGUUGUUCAGUGAGGCGGCUGAAGAGAAAAUCCAGCAGCUAGCGGAGAACCCCGGCACCGACGACGAGAGGAAGAGAGCGGCUCUGCUGCUGCAGAACACUGUGAAUGUCAUCAACCAGACUGUAGGUGAUGCCAUUUCUGACAUGCUGCUGAUUGAAGCCAUAUUAGCCAUCAAGGGUAUGACUAUCCAGCAGUGGGACGCCAUGUACACUGAUCUGCCAAACAGGCAGCUCAAAGUCAAGGUGUCAGACCGCAGGGUGAUAGACACAACAGAUGCGGAGAGACGGGCAGUGAGCCCAGCUGGACUUCAGGAGGCCAUUGACAGUUUAGUGAAGAAGUACAAACAGGCUCGCUCCUUCGUGAGACCCUCUGGGACAGAGGAUGUGGUGAGAGUUUACGCUGAGGCAGAAGCACAGGAGAGCACUGAUGCCCUGGCUCAUGAAGUUAGCCUGGCAGUUUACCGUCUUGCUGGGGGAGUGGGUGAUGAACCCAAACCAUUGCACUAAGAACAAAGAAAUCACUCAGCACUGCAGUCAAGUUGUCAAAUGAUUUCUUAUGGUUAAUUGCAACUGGCACUACACUCUAGUUCUCUAUUUCUUUGUCGUUGUCUGUCAUUGUGAUGGUGUGUGCCGCCCUGGGAGAUUUUAUGCUACUAAUGGCACUCUUGGCUUGUUAUUGUACCUUAAACAAGCUGCCAUGCCUGGAAUUAUGGGAUUCUAUCUAAUCUAUAAACUACUUCUGCUAAUCAGUACACUUGUAUAUAUGCCAGAAUUUAAACAAUCGGUUGCCUUCUCACACGAUGAUGAUUUCAACGACAGGUUCAUUGAUGGUUAUUAUGUAACUUCCUACUACAGAGAAUCUUUUUGGAUUUGUAAUUUCUAAACUUUUUGAAACUGUGAAAUCAAAAGUUUACAUGACGGGAUUGCAGCAAUUGUACUUCCUUUUGAUUAUCGGUUUAAAUAAAUAACGGUAAAAGGCUG